GUGACUUGUGGGGCUUUCUGGUGCUGCGGGUUGGCUGUGUGACCUUGUGGCUGACGGACUACCCUCUGAGGCAUUUCCUUCUCAUCAUCGGCCUCGUCCUGAUCUAUGCACUCUGGUGGUCGGGCGGUAUUAUCUACGGACAUCUCGGCAACCUGGAGCUCCCGGUGGAUAUUCGGCUGCUCUUUCCCGACCCGCUCCCGGCGAUUGUGAUGUUUCCACUGCCGUCUCUGAUGAUCCUCGUUGGAUUGGGAAGUCUGUUUGCACCGCCUCUCUGGUGGGGCACUCGAUGGCUGAUGUACUUCUCUAUUGUUCUCGCCAUUGUCAUAUCCUGGAUCAUCUUAGUGUCGGUUUACACCUACGCCAUUCCUCAUGAUCCCAUUCGUUUGCGGUUCCCAACACUGGCGUGGGUGGCUGGUGCGAUUCUUCUGCAGUUCACUUUGCUGAUAUAUAUCUCGGAGCCGCGUAUUAUCCGUGCAUCGACCAGCCCGACGGGUGGGAAGGGAAAUCGACGUCGAUCACAACCGGCUCUCGUGCUGCGGCCGUCGGGCAAGGUGGAGACCCUCGGCAACGGCCGAGCGCAUAGCCAAGGGUCGGCAGACAGAGCCCUUCCUCUACCGCUCGGUGGUCAAGCGAUGGCUCAAACGGAUGGAUUAUCUCACUUUCAUUCGGUUGUGUAAACUGCUGGCCGUCGUGGGAAUGGCCGUGGAUUUCAUUACCGAUGCAGCAGUGGGGAUGGAAUUGAGGAGCUGGGUUCCGAGAAGUGUAUGGCGUGCAUAUGCUAUGUGUGGGUCCCCCGAAUAUCCGCUGUGGAGUGACGCUGAAGAGGAGUGCUUUGAUACCACGAUGAGCCGUCUUCGAAGAGAAGAGCAAGGCUAUCAAGUCGUUGGCUUGAUCAUCCUGGGCCUAUCGCUGGCUGACUUCGUGUCGCUGUUCGUUUACUUUUCCAUCCGCGGCUCUCCCUCGCUAUGCCAGCACAUCUGGAUUAUCGCCUUUGCCCUGCUGGAAGUGCCCAUUCUGGUGCUGACGAUCGUCUGGGCGACGGCGGCCAGCAACCCGAUGCUCUUCGCUGUGUCUGCACUUUUGUCACGGUUUCAUGGCGAGUCGGGUCGUUCGCGUGGACCAUCUAUGUUCGGCGGAAAAACGGGACGUCCGCGAGCAAUACAAACCACAAGGUGAUGAGAAGAAGGGCGAGCGAGUGGGAAACGAGUGAAGCCAACAACAGACGGCAUCUUGUGUGUGUUUGAUGUCAGGGAGGGCCAUUGGUCGUAUGACGGAUGGCACGCUGUUGGGCACUUAUAUAUGUGUGCAGUGCACCGGGGGGAGUUGUGGUAUUCCCUGCCGGUGAUCGGAUUGGAUUGACAAGUGAAGUGGCUGGCGGUUCAUUUCCCCCCCGGUCAAUCGGACAGGGCGGGAGGGAGCGACCCAAACGAUCGGUGGAUUCCACCGCCAGCCGCAGGACCGACUUGUGCCCGGGUCCAUGCAUGGCAGUCACAUGUUCGUUUGCGUUUUGCAGCAAAGGUGUGUAGUUUCAUGCCUUUCGGUUGCUUAGUCCUUCUUGCCUUGAGGCUCUUUCUCUUCUUCUGCUCGUCGACAUGUGAUGUGUGUCGUCAUUACGUUCGUGUGAUCUCCUUCUUCGGUUUGAUGUGUGCUGUGGAUCCCCGGUGGCCCGCUGAAUGGACGGAUGGAUGGCAUGACGCAGGGAUCUUGUCGUAACGAACGAACGAAC